ACAUACGUACUUUUGCGUCAGUUCGUACUGCAGAGGCCUGAUUAUGGAUCUAAAGGGCUGAGCGGAACUGUAGUCGACUAUACCAUAGUUAGCCUGAAAGCAUGUGAAUUUGGUACAUAGGGGGUUCAAAUCAAAUCGGCAUACUAAUUUCGUGUAUAGUUACGGCGCAUUAGACCGUGAUGCCUGCCCUCAGAGCGCUGCUAGAGACUGGACUGGACUUUGUAGAAUUCUUGGGAGAGAGGAAGUCGGAAACAAAUAGAAAGCAACUGAAGGAUAUUUUCAAUAAGGAAUUCAAAAGGGAUGGAGCCAAAGAUCCUCAGUUCUCCAGUGUUGUCUACGCCUUACAGAAAUUCAACAAAGCCACCAUAAAGCAAGACAAAAUAUUUCUAAAUGUAAAACCCCAGGUGAGAGUGUACUACUGUGACCAGUGGAGGAGGCCGGCUAAGCCAGGUGGGAACGCCGCUGACAGCGGGGCAAGUGCAGCGCCCUCUGCCCCACCCCCCACCCACACUGCAUCUCCCCCCAUGGCGAACCCUGUCCUGACGCCCAAAAAGAAGCUUGCUAAAGAAGUUGUUCACAAGCUCAAGGUGAACAGGGCAAAGUUGAUCGCUGACAAAGGUGGCAUCCAGAUCUCCUCAGAUCCAGUGGCAACCGGUGGCAAGGUUCACCUCAACAUCCAGCACAUUGAGAAAGUCUUCAUUGUCAAGUUCCACAUCCAAAGCACGGGGACAAAGUCCAUCUAUUUCAACUACUACACCGCUCUCCACCGGAUUCGCUGCUUCACUCUGGUGGAUGAGAAAAGAGUCACCCGGAUCUCUCCUCUCCUCCUCUGUCCAGGUGACAGCUACGUGGUGGAGGUGCACUACCAGCUCAACCACUAUGGCCACUUCCCCGCCUCCAUGUACUUUGAGUUCUGUGCGGACCCCCCCACCUCUUCCAAGCCCUUCUGCAUUGUGCGGGAGCUGGAGGCUGUGGCCAUGACUCAGCUGGCUGUGGACCUGGGGCCCGUGGCCCCCUACUGCCCCAAACAGGUGGCCAAGCUCAGGGCCAGGAACACAGUGGUCGAAGAGGGAGAGCCUCCAGAGAGUUCUGUCCACCACUCCCUAAAAUAUAUAGUGAAGCUGAAGGACUACAGUUACCCUCGGUACCUCAAGGACUUGGCCAACCAGAGGCUGGAGGAUUCAGAGUAUCUGUCUCCUGCUGCUAGACAGCAACUCCCAUUGGUGAGGGCAGUGCUGGACUCACCCCUGUGCAUGAAGAGCUACGCCAGGUGCUUUCACCUGCUGCUGUACCUGGAGGAGAUCCAGAUGGAGGUGGACAUCAAGAAGUACGACAUGCACAGGCAGACCAUGACCCAGGACAAGAGCAACAAGAAGCUACUCAUCCUUAAAGUGCCCGGGGUGGCAGAGAACCGGCCGUCAGUCCUGAGAGGGGACUACCUGAAGGCCUCCAAGACUGAUGACAUGACGCAGCCGCUCACCGUCUACAAGGGCUACGUUCACCGAGUCGAGCUGGAUAGCGUCAAACUGGGCUUCUCCAAGAAGUUGUUGCAGAGCUUCGUCAGUAACAUGAAGUUUGACGUGGAGUUCACCGUCAACCGUUUCCCUCUGAAGCUGCAGCAUCGGGCGGUGGAGUUGGCGGCCCAGCACCAGCUGGGGGACGUGCUGUUUCCCACCGGCUCACCUGGCACUCACAAACCAUCACCACGCCUCAGGAUGUCCAACCAGGACUUGGAGUGCAAUCCGGAGCAGAAUGCCGCUAUCCAGCGGAUCUUGGUGGGAGCCUCCAAGCCGGCUCCUUACCUGGUCUUUGGCCCCCCAGGAACCGGCAAGACAGUCACUCUGGUGGAGGCCAUCAAUCAGAUAAUCAGAUCGCACCCCUCUGCCCACAUAGUGGCCUGUGCCCCGUCCAACAGCGCCUCGGACCUGCUGUGUGAGCGUCUGCUGGGCCACGUGGACGGGAACCAGCUCUAUCGCCUCUACGCCAGCAGCCGUGACCCCAGGACCGUACCCCCCAAACUACUGAAACACAGCAACUGGGACGAGCGUCAGGACAGCUUCGUCUUCCCUGCCAGGGACACUCUGAUGAAGUACAAGGUCAUCGCUGCCACGCUGGUCACCACCGGAAGGCUGGUCUCUGGGGGUAUCCCUGUUGGCCACUUCACGCACAUCUUUGUGGACGAGGCCGGACAAGCCGUGGAGCCAGAGUGCAUCAUUGGGAUUGCAGGUUUGCUGCAUCCACAGAAGGGCCAGUUGGUGCUGGCAGGAGACCCUGAGCAGCUGGGGCCCAUCCUCCGAUCCCCACUGGCUCUGCGGCAUGGACUGGGCCUGUCUCUGCUGGAGAGGCUGAUGAGAGAUAACCCACUCUACCAGAAGAGCACAGACACAUACCAGUAUGACGGCCACUUUGUCACCAAGCUGCUACGCAACUACAGAUCCCACCCAGCCAUCCUGAAGGUGCCUAAUGAGCUUUUCUAUGACAACGAGCUGCAGGUGUUUGCCAACAAAAUGGACCGUGAAGCCUUCUGCAACUGGGAGCACCUGCCCAAAAAGGGGUUCCCAGUGGUAUUCCAUGGGGUGAUGGGGAAAGACGAGAGGGAGGCCAACAGCCCCUCCUUCUUCAACGUGACUGAGGUGGAGACCCUCAUCAGCUACCUCACCAAGCUCAAGCUCACUCAGGGCAAGAGGGGCAUUCCCAAACUCACUUCCAAGGACAUCGGAAUCAUCGCCCCCUACAGGAAACAAGUGGAGAAAAUUCAGAAGGCCCUGAGAUCUGUCAAAGAUCUAAACCAGUGGAGUGACAUUAAGGUGGGCUCAGUGGAAGAGUUCCAGGGACAGGAGAGACUGGUCGUCAUGGUGUCUACCGUCCGCAGCAGUAUCAACUACGUCAAGAUGGACCAAGACUUCAACAUCGGCUUCCUUACCAACGUGAAGAGAUUUAAUGUGGCCAUGACCCGAUCCAAAUCCCUCCUGGUUGUGGUGGGAAACCCUGUUAUCCUCAAGAAGAAUCCUACCUGGGAGAGGUUUAUCCAGUACUGUGAGGAGGAGGGAGGCUACACUGGCUUUGACUACAGCGAUGCAGAGGGCGAGGAGGAUGUGGUGACCAGACUCGCCGCCCUCAAUAUCAACCUGGAGUCUGAUGAGAUGGAGGAGAGUGCUGUCCAACAACAGGUUCAUCCCGAGUGGCGGAGUGAACACUGAGCUGCCUGCAGAGAAGCCAGAUGUGGCCCAGAUGUGCAUUAGACUCCGCGACUGACUGGGCUGCCUAACAAACAGACUGCACUCACUUUCUGCCAAGACAAUCAACUAGUCCCAACACUCCCAAGCCUCCCACCCAUACAACUGCUUAGGUAGAAAAGCAGCAUGGUUGUGUUCUGUUUCAGUUUACAUACUUAUAUACACUCAGGCUCGUUCCCCUGUAGCAGGUUCUAGAACAGCCAUCUAUGCUGCCUCCAUAACCUGUUUUUUUUAUGAAGACCAAAGACCAAGAAGUAUACAUUUAAUUUGUCCAAAAAUGUCUUAUUUGCUUUCUCCUUUAGAGUUACACCAACACCCCCAAUUUUAGUAUAUUUAGUACAAUCAUAUAUUUGCUAUGAGGAGAUACCAAUAAGAAAAGGCAUUUAUUUUUAUAACAAUAUGACCCAGUAGUGGUUUAUUGAAGAACACUUUAUCAGAAAGCCUUUGAGGAGCUUUUUCUGUAAGUAGUCCAGAUCAUUUCUACUACUUACAUUGUUUUCCUCAGAAAGUACUACAGAUUACUUCAACCGCAGUCGUUAAUUAAUUACAGAUUUUAGUUUAACAAAAAGCACUGCAAUUGAGAACCUUUUCCAAUAAUAUAUUUUUUUUUGUUUCAAUGUAUACAAGAGAGACUUUCCACUCUUGUAGGGAUGCUGUGAGUUUACAAAUGAUAAGAGAAUACUUUUUAACCCCCUUAAAGCUAGACAGUUCCUGCCCCUGGAACUGACUGGCUCCUGUGUGACGCUGAACAAAACCCCAUCUGGGCCGGCGUCAGUCUCCGAACAGGCUGUUAUCUGGUUGAAGGGUAAAUGGGAUCGUAUUUUCAGAACCAUUCCUUAGGUAAAAAAGUUCUGCUGUUAUGAAACUAGAAAAGCAAUAAAGUUGAGUUGUGUGGA